AUGCCGGUUCUUGAUGGACUCCGUCACGGCGAGCCGGUGGACGGUAGCCCCGGUCCCGUCUUUAACGAUUCCAGAAAGAAGAUUGUAGUAGUUGGUCUAGGCAUGGUGGCUAUUUCUUUCAUCGAGAAAGUCAUCAAGCAAGAUUCCGCACGACGAUACGAUAUUUUAGUGAUCGGCGAAGAGCCACACGUCGCGUAUAAUCGCGUGGGGCUGUCAUCAUUCUUUGAGCAUCGCAAAAUCGAAGAUCUCUACCUAAAUCCUAAAGAAUGGUAUGGAUCAUUCAAAGAGCGGGCAUUCGAUCACCAUCUCAAUACUCGCGUCACCGCAAUCAAUCCUAAUAACAAGACGGUUCGAACAUCUACGGGAGACACGGUGCCCUAUGACAUCCUCGUCCUCGCGACCGGCUCAGAUGCCGUUCUUCCCACACAUACCCCAGGCCACGACGCGAAGGGUAUAUUUGUGUACCGUACAAUCCAAGAUCUUGAGCGUUUGAUUGAAUUCGCGUCAAAACACAAAGGCGAAACAGCAGUCACUGUUGGAGGAGGUCUGCUAGGCCUCGAGGCUGCCAAGGCCAUGACCGACCUGGAAGACUUUGGAAAUGUCAAGUUGAUUGACCGCAACAAAUGGGUGCUGGCACGCCAGCUGGAUGCAGAUGCAGGCACGCUGGUGACCCGCAAGAUCCGCGAUCUGGGCCUCGACGUGUUGCAUCAGAAACGUGUUGCAACUGUCAAUACGGAUUCGGAUAACAACGUGACUGGUAUCACGUUUGAAGAUGGAGAGCAGAUCCAGUGCUGUUGUAUUUGCUUCGCGAUCGGUGUCAAGCCGAGAGAUGAGCUGGGUCAUUCCAUUGGCAUCCAGUCCGCUGAGAGAGGUGGUUUUGUUAUUGAUGAAGGCCUGCAAACUUCGAUACCUGAUAUUUAUGCCGUCGGAGAAUGCGCCAGCUGGGAGAACCAAACCUUCGGCAUCAUUGCUCCUGGUAUCGAGAUGGCCGACGUACUGGCCUACAAUCUGACCAACCCUGACAAAGAGCUCAAAGGCUUCACACGACCGGACCUCAGCACAAAACUGAAGCUCCUCGGCGUGGACGUCGCCUCCUUUGGUGACUUCUUUGCCGAUCGGGAUGGCCCUAAAUUCCUCCCUGGUCGACGACCAUUGAUCUCCGGUCCGAAUGCAGAAGGCCCCGAAGAGAAAGAGCCCCCUGUCAAGGCCUUGACUUACAAGGAUCCAUUCGGUGGUGUAUACAAGAAGUAUCUAUUUACGAUGGAUGGAAAAUAUCUGCUUGGAGGAAUGAUGAUCGGGGACACUCGAGACUACUUGAAGUUGAAUCAAAUGGUCAAGGGACAAAAGGAGCUAGAGAUCCCCCCGAGCCAAUUAAUUCUGGGGGCCCAGAAUAACGGAGAAGAAAAUGCGGAUGACCUUGAUGAUAGCACUCAGAUAUGCUCUUGCCACAAUGUGUCGAAGGGCGAUGUGGUUGAGAAUGUCAAGAACGGAUCUUGCAAGACCAUGGGCCAGGUCAAGUCAUGCACAAAGGCAGGGACAGGUUGUGGUGGAUGUCUACCACUAGUGCAGUCCAUCUUCAAUAAGACCAUGAUGGAAAUGGGACACGAGGUGUCCAACCACUUAUGCUCCCACAUCCCAUACUCGCGAGCCGACCUCUACAACAUCGUUGCCAUCAAACAACUCAAGACAUUUCCCGAAGUAAUGAAAGCAGCCGGCAAAAACUCAGAAUCUCUGGGCUGUGAACUCUGCAAACCCGCCAUCGGCUCAAUACUAUCAAGCCUGUUCAACCCACAUAUCAUGGACAAAGGCUACAACGAUCUCCAAGACACAAACGAUAAAUUCCUCGCCAACAUCCAGCGAAACGGGACUUUCUCUGUCGUACCCCGGGUUCCAGGUGGAGAGAUCACGGCCGACAAGCUCAUUGCCAUCGGUUCGGUCGCAAAGAAGUACGGACUAUACUGCAAAAUCACAGGUGCUCAGCGAAUCGACAUGUUUGGCGCCAAGAAGCAAGAUCUCCUGAGUAUCUGGACAGAACUCGUUGAUGCGGGAAUGGAGAGUGGGCAUGCUUAUGCCAAGGCGCUUCGGGCUAUCAAGAGUUGCGUUGGUACCACAUGGUGUCGCUUUGGACUCAGUGAUAGUGUCGGCAUGGCCAUUCGCCUUGAGGAGCGGUAUAAGAGUGUCCGGGCACCGCAUAAGUUCAAGGGUGCCGUAUCUGGCUGCGUGCGAGAGUGUGCCGAGGCACAGAAUAAGGACUUUGGUCUCAUCGCGACCGAGAAAGGCUUCAAUCUCUACGUCGGUGGUAAUGGAGGUGCUAAGCCCCGGCAUUCCGAACUUCUUGUCAAAGACGUUGCACCGGAAAUGGUCAUCCCCAUCAUUGAUCGCUAUUUGAUCUUCUACAUUCGAACAGCCGAUAAAUUACAGCGAACAGCUCGGUGGAUCGAGAACCUUCCUGGUGGAAUCAGUUACCUGAGAGAAGUCAUCAUUGACGAUAAGCUGGGUAUCUGCGCGGACAUGGAAAGGCAGAUGCAAGAGCUGGUAGGAAGUUACUUCUGUGAAUGGACCGAAACAGUCCGAGACCCGAAGAGACGCAAGACAUUCCAGCAGUUUGCCAACACUGAAGAAACGGUAGAUACCGUGGAAGUCGUUGAAGAGCGCUCCCAAACCCGCCCUGCGUACUGGGCCAAAGACUCGGCAAAGGAAGACUUCAAGGGCCACCGGUGGUCGAGUGUCUCAUGGCAACCUGUUGUUCGAGCCGACCACUUCUCUGACGAACCGCCACAGGUUUCAUCAGCCAAUGUCAAACGCGGAGAUACGCAGCUUGCUGUGUUCAAGGUCAAGGGCAAGUAUUAUGCCACGCAGCAGAUGUGUCCUCACAAGCGGGCAUUUGUGCUCUCUGAUGGACUAAUUGGAGAUGAUGACGCCGGCAAGUACUGGGUCUCUUGUCCUUACCAUAAGCGCAACUUCGAGCUCAAUGGCGAGCAAGCGGGGCGGUGUUCUAAUGAUGAGGAAAUGAACAUUGCUACCUUCCCGGUGGAAGAGAGAGAUGAUGGCUGGAUCUAUCUCAAGCUGCCUCCUGUGGAGGAGCUGGAUUCUGUACUCGGAACUAAGAAGUGGAAGGUGAAGAAGGGAGAAACUCCGAGUCCGUUCCAUAAAAUGGAUAAGAAGUACAAGGGAAUGCGGGGGAAGAAGAUUUCUGACGGCGAGACUGCAUCGAAAGCCCCCGUGCAGCCAGCCGGUGGGAUUGACUGGUGA